AAUGGUGAACGUGGGGCUGUCGCGCGUGGACGAUGACGUGGCGGCCAAGCACCCGGGGCUGCAGGAAUAUGCUGCCUGCCAAUCUUUUGCCUUCAUGAAGGGCAUUGGCACCUUUUUCACAGGCGCCGGGGUGGCCUUUGUUUUUCAGAAGUUCAACCAGAAGAUGCCCUACUCACUCAAGUGGAACAUCCUUAUUUCUUUGGUUGUAGGUUCAGUCGCCAGCUAUGCAGUGACCCGACAGGAAACCAAAAGGUGUUCUAAUUUAUGGCUCUUCCUGGAGAACAGAGAGCCCUUCCAGAAUGUGCCCAUAGAGAAAGUGCCCACUCAGGAUCCCAAAGAGAAAACACAGAUGGAAGAGAAAAGGAACAAGUACGGAGAUGUUGUGGAUUAGCCGGAAGGUCCUUGCAGCAGGCCGACAGAGAGGAGAGGUCUCCUGUGCACAGCUGGACUGA